CUCGCCGUCCGAGUCUCUGGAGCCUCUGUCCGAGGCUUCGCGGAGCAGCUUCAGCGUCUCCAGAGUCGCGGUGGGCUUCCCAGCUGCGGGAUCGAAGGAGCUCUGCGAUUGGCUGGCGGCGGGAGCCGCGCGCUCUGAUUGGUUCCCGCGGGCGCCCGGGUGAAGUCAAGCUCGCCUUCCUACGGAGCGGCGACAGGUGUGCGGGGCGGCAGAAUGCCAGAUUCAUUUCAGUUUAGAUGGCCAUGCAGCCUGCCAUUCAAGUCUGGUUUGGAGAUGAUCUACCUCUGAGUCCACGGAGUCCACUGACUCCCAGACAUGGACCAGGAUUGGCAGAUGUUUGUCAGUAUGAUGAGUGGAUAGCUGUGAGGCAUGAGGCCACUCUGCUGCCCAUGCAAGAAGAUUUGUCUAUUUGGUUAUCUGGCUUACUAGGUAUUGAAGUUAAAGCAGAAAGAUUAUUGGAAGAGCUUGAUAAUGGAGUGCUGUUAUGUGAGCUGAUCAGUGUCCUUCAGAAUAUGGUGAAAGCGUGCAGCUCUCAUGAGCCAGGGAACUUCCCGGUGAGAAAAGUGCCUUGUAAGAAGGAUGCCGCUUCAGGUUCGUUCUUCGCCAGGGACAACACUGCAAACUUCCUCCAGUGGUGUCGGCGUGUUGGUGUUGAUGAAACAUACCUCUUUGAGUCCGAGGGCUUAGUUUUACACAAAGAUCCCAGACAAGUGUAUCUUUGUCUUCUUGAAAUUGGUCGAAUUGUGUCAAGAUAUGGAGUUGAACCUCCAGUAUUAGUAAAGCUUGAGAAAGAAAUUGAGUUAGAAGAGACCUUGCUUAAUACCUCUGGGCUUGAAGAGUCCUUCAGCAUUCCAAAAUCAUGCUGUCAGCAUGAGGAGCUACAUGAAGCUGUUAAACAUAUUGCUGAAGACCCUCCUUGUAGUUGUUCUCAUCGAUUUUCUAUUGAGUACUUGUCAGAAGGACGAUACCGACUAGGGGAUAAGAUACUCUUUAUAAGGAUGCUUCAUGGGAAACAUGUCAUGGUUCGUGUUGGUGGAGGUUGGGAUACUCUGCAAGGAUUUUUGCUGAAAUAUGAUCCCUGUCGAAUACUACAGUUUGCUACCUUGGAACAAAAAAUUUUAGCAUUUCAGAAAGGAGUUUCGAAUGAAAGUGUUCCUGACUCACCUGCCAGGACACCUCAACCUCCUGAAAUGAACCCUAUGUCGGCAGUUAACAUGUUUCAGAAGCAAAAUUUAAAACCUGGCACACCAGUCAGUGUUCCGAAGAGCAAGGAAAAGCAGGCCCGUGUACCCGGGGUGCCCCCCCUGCCUGCAUCUGCAGUGAGAGGCGAUCAGGGUUCCGUGUCAGUCCGCUCUAAACAUCCAGACUCACCAGCAGCAGCGUCUCGUGUCAAGCUCACGUGUUUGAAGGGUGGAACAAAGAAGCCGCACGCCCCUCACAGUGCGUCUUCUCCCCUCGCCUCUUUAAAGGCAGCUGGGAAGAGCGCUUCUCCCGCUUCAUCAGGAUUUGCACUGUGUGCUCCAGAGUCACUGAGAAAGGGGGUCACUGUCCCCAGCCGGGCUCAGGCCAAGGUAAUUCCAGCCCAGAAAUCAAAGGAUCUGUCCAUGUCUACAAUUCCAUCUAGUAAAUCUGGGAAAGUUGAACCAAAGCACUUGAAACACAAUCACGUUUCUUCCAGGGACGAGACACCUACAAAUUCAUCAUCAGAGAGUCCAAUGCUACCUAAAGCAAAAGUGAACAUGAGGCCUAAACCAUCUCCUUCUUUCCAGUCCCCUGCGAAAACCAAAUCGAGUUCCAAAACCAUGGCCCUGGGGCUAGAAACACGGUCUCAGGCAUGUGAUGGAAUCCCAACACAAACACUUAAAUCAGACUUGAAUUUGAAUCAUCCAGUCUCUGUGUCUUCUGUUUCUUCUGUUAAACCUCCACAGGGAUCGAAUGACAAGCAUGCAGCUUCUGUUGCCAAGAAGCAGCCCCAGAAGACAGGGCCUACCUCCCCAAAGCCUCCUGGCCGCACCCCACUGUCUAUUGUUAGUGUUCCCCAAUCUGCUGCCAAGACAAAGACAGCACCAAAGUCAACACAGGCUGCCCCGAAGGGCCCACAUCUAGCUAAAGGGCCUCCUAAAAAUGGCACAGCACCACCUUCUACCAGGAAGCCACCCUCAUCUGGGAAGGGAGCAGACAACGGAAAUAAACCUGCUCCAAAGAAAAAGGAAGUAGAUGACCAUUAUUUUGUUAUGACUGGAAGUAAGAAGCCAAGAAAAUAAGUGUACGUGCAUCACUUUACCACAUCAGGACAAAGGAUCAGUUGGGUGUAUUAGCUUCACAUCGUCAAGGCCAAAUAGGAGCAGACAUUAAGUACAAGAUGCUGGAGGGAGGCUGGGUUGAGGAGAGGACUCAAUGUUUGAACUACGAACAGGCAAAUGUUUUCAAACUGCAGCAUCUUUGUUGGCGUCUGUUGUUUGAGGGACGUGUAAACGUCAAAUAACACUACUAGAAUUAUAACUACAGUUACCAUAUUUUGAACGGGUAUUAAGUAUGGAGGUUAUUAUACCGUUAAUGGAAACACUGAUGCUCUUAGUAUUAGUUACUGCAUGUUCAUCAGAAAGCUGUGGUUUGGUUGGCCAUGGAGGCAUGUGCCUGUGUUCCCAGUAUGGCAGGUCAGCCUGGGCUACGCAGUGCAACUAGGCAAUGGUUAGGCACAUGCACUACAGAAGGCACCAGAUUUUAUUUCCUGGCCAGGACUGUCUGGGCCACCUCUACUAAGUGCCAGUGCAGGGGGCUGCUUGGUUUGGCAUUAUUCUGGGCUAGAUAAAAUUCUUAUUAUUGAAAUAUUUUUAAGUUUUCUAUAUCAGAAGGAACUGAUUUUUUUUUAAACUGGCUUAUAUUAAUACUUGUCAGCAUUUCAUAAGCAAUAUUUUUGGUAGAAAAAAACUCUAACAAAUAGAUUACCUUAUUGAAACAUGAACUGAAAUUUAGUAAAAUAAGAUUUUUCAUGUGUUUAUAAAAAUUUAGACACCUUAUAUUUUUUAGAUGGAUGCUGUGCAAUGUGAGAGGAAAACUCAUUU